CGCCGUUCUUUAUGAAAUUCGUCUCCAUCCGCGGUUCACCCCUGCAACAAAGGCAUGGAAGAAGCAGUUCAGUUAUGUCUGGCAGCUAAAUCCAACGACUUGAAACAGGUUCAAACUUUAAUUACCUCCGGCGCCGACGUUUCUCACUUUGACGGCGACGGUCUAACUCCGUUAAUGCACGCCGCUAAAACCGGAAACGCCGAGAUCAUCUCCGCAUUACUCGAAGCAGGAGCUCCAUGGAACGCUCUGUCCCCGUCUAAUCUCUCAGCAGGAGACUUCGCAAUGGAAGCAGGACACCAAGAAGCGUUCGAUCUCCUCCUCAAAACCGGAAUCCAAUCCGAGCUAAUCUUGGGAACAAUCGCCCGCAAAGAAACCAAGAACGAAUACUCCAACCAAGAGUAUCUCCAAGACCGAGUCACCUUCAGCGAAGACAAGAUCAUGGACAACGAAAGCAAAGGAGUGAUGAUGUCUUGGGAGAAGCCGCUAAUGGAAGCUCACGCUAAAGCCAUCUGCACCAACGGUGGCUCCAUCCUCAACGUCGGGUUCGGUAUGGGACUCGUCGAUACAGCGAUACAGCAGUACAAUCCGACCAAACACACGAUCAUCGAAGCUCAUCCGGAUGUGUACAAGCGUAUGAUCGAGUCAGGUUGGGGCGAGAAGGAGAACGUGAGGAUUGUUUUCGGGAGGUGGCAAGAUGUUCUUGGCGAGCUUGAUGAGUGUGGCUAUGAUGGGAUCUUUUUCGAUACGUAUGGAGAGUAUUACGAAGAUUUGUGGGAGUUUCAUCAGAAUCUACCCAAGCUUCUGAAGCCUGAUGGGGUUUAUUCGUAUUUUAAUGGGUUUUGUGGGAGUAAUGCGUUUUUUCAUGUUGUGUAUUGUAAUCUGGUGACGUUGGAGAUUGAGAGUUUGGGGUUUAGCACUCAGUUGAUUCCGUUGCCGGUUAAGGAUUGUCUUGGUGAUGAAGUUUGGGAAGGUGUCAAGCAAAAGUAUUGGCAGCUUGAUACUUAUUAUCUACCUGUUUGUCAGUUUAGUGAGUGAAGUUUUACAACUUCCAAGUUUUGUAAUCUCUUUGAUACUUUUAGUUAUGAAAGUAUCGAUUAGCUACUAA